AUGUCAACACAGAGCAUUCCUAUAAACACGGGAGGAGAUCCAGGAGGUCCUCAGGAGAGUUCAAAAGCCUGCGGCUGGUUCAGAUUCAGGCCCCGAUGCCUUGAGCGCUUUAUGUCGCCCAAGUGGGCUCUCUUCUGGCUGUGCUGGGCAGGAGCUGUUCAGGGAUUAGUUGUCAAUGGAUUUAUCAACGUUGUCAUCACGACCAUUGAGCGUCGCUUUGGUCUAAAGUCCUCGCAAACUGGCCUCGUGGCGAGCGGAUAUGAUAUCGCGUCGUUUCUCUGUCUUGUUCCUGUGACAUACUUCGGCGGCCGAGUGGGAGCAUCGAAGCCCCUGUGGAUUGGACUGGGAGUCAUCUUGAUGGCGAUGGGCUCUUUCACCUUCUCCCUGCCGCACUUCCUCGUUGGACACUACAGGGCGACGGGGAGUGAUAGCAACAUCUGUCCAUCGGGACUCAAUGUGACAAACUCCUCCUCUCCGCAUGGAAAUUCAGCCUCGGAUUUAUGUAUUGUCACGGGUGAAAAUGGAAUUGAUGACUCCCAUGAGGAUUUAUCGUGGAACGUGUGGCUCUUCUUCAUCGCGCAAUUGCUCCAUGGAGCCGGUGCAUCGCCCCUCUACACACUGGGUGUCACCUAUAUUGACGAGAAUGUCUCCAAGAAGAUGUCUUCUGUGUACUUAGGGAUUUACUACACGACUGCAAUCAUAGGACCAGCUGUUGGAUAUGUUGUGGGGGGUCAAUUGCUCCUCUUCUACACGGACAUGGUUUCAGUGGAUCCUCUCGUAUUUGGCCUCACGCCUGAAAGCAAGGUUUGGGUUGGCGCUUGGUGGGUUGGAUUCGUAUUUAUGGCGGUGUUUUGCCUUAUGCUCUCUAUUCCCAUCUUGGCUUUCCCACCGUCUCUCCCUGGUGCAGAUGAGUUGCGCCUGGAGAGAGUCUCUGAGGCGCACGACAGUGGAAAUUCUGAGACUCAGAAGUUUUCCAAAAUCAAGGAAAUGCCCAAAGCUCUGUGCAGUCUGCUGAAGAAUCCGACAUUCUUCUUCCUUAACCUCGCUGGAGCAUCUGAGGGACUGAUAAUUGCUGGAUUUGCCGCUUUCCUGCCCAAACAGAUUGAGAAUCAAUUCAGCGUCACAGCGGUGUGGUCUGCACUACUGAUGGGAAUCAUUACAGUUCCUGCUGGAGGCGGAGGCACUUUCCUUGGAGGGUAUUUGGUGAAGAAGUUGAACCUUUCCUGUGCUGGAAUUAUCAAACUAUGCCUCGUGGCGACAUUAUUUGCCAGUCUCUUCACGGUUUGCUUCUUCUUAUCGUGUCCAAAUCUGAAUUUUGCUGGUGUUACAACGCCAUACCGGACAGAUGAGACAGAGAUUUCCAACAAUGAGCUUAAUUUAGUGAACUCUUGCAAUAGCAAGUGCUCAUGCAGCAAGAUGCACUACGAUCCUGUCUGUGGAAUAGACGGCAUAAUGUACUACUCACCUUGUCACGCCGGAUGCGAGACGGAGAGGAGUCUGGAUCAGUCCAAAAUCUACCUCAACUGCGACUGUAUCAUGGGCAAUUCCUCAGGUUUCGGCUAUGAGGCUAUCAACACGAUGUGCGACUCAACGUGCAAUCAUCUGUGGGUAUUUGUGAGUCUCUGCUUCUUCGUGAUGUUCUUCACCUUCCUGGCCACGAUGCCCGCUCUUUCUGCCACUCUGCGCUGCGUCCACGAUGAUCAGCGCUCAUUCGCGCUCGGAAUUCAGUGGAUCAAAGUGCGCAUCUUGGGCACAAUUCCAGCUCCUAUGAUCUUUGGCUCACUCAUCGACGAGUCCUGCAUUUUGUGGCAGGAAUCCUGCGACAAAUUCGGCGCCUGUCUCGUCUAUGACAACCUUUACAUGAGUCGAUAUAUGCUUGCGCUCGCGUUCAUCGGGAAAAUCUGUUCAGUGAUCUUCUUCCUCGGCGCCUGGUGGUUUUACAUCCCUCCAAAGACCACCGCGAGCGUUGUGGUGGCCAAGCAGCUUGAGGUGGCCGCUGUGAAUGGAAAGUGUGGAGAGCAUCACGCUCCUGUCCCGGAGAGUGGUGAUAAGUACUAAGAGAUUUGCAAUUCCUCGUCGUAGCUUAAAUCCCAAUCCCCUUUAGACAUUACAUAUAAUCUCACUAUUGACUAUUUAUAUAUGAACUAGGUGUAAUCAUUUUCAUUUUUAUACGUGAAGAAGAAGAAAG